UGUCCCACGAUGCUGAAAGCGGUCGCGAUCUGGUUCACUGCCGCCACUGCACAUGCUGCAGUGACUCUAAACAAUACGGAUUGUUUCUGGGACUCCACCACGUGUUUACCGACAGCUCUGCGCGAUCUUACUGGUGGCGACGCCCAACCUUGCCGUGUAAAAGACAACGUGGACUACUACCCGCAACAAAUUCACCUCGCGUACGCUGGCAAGAUUGCUGGAACUGCCAUGACGGUGUCGUGGGCCACGUACGCCAAUAUCGACGGCAGCUCUGUCUGGGUCGGAUGCUCUGAAGAUACUCUGGAGCUGGUGGACACUCCCGUUACGCAAAUUAACUACUACCACGAUGCAACAUACAAUUUGUUCCACCACCAUGCGACGAUCUCUGGUCUAACCCCACAUACCAAAUACUACUACAAAGUGGGAAGCAAUGCUAACGCGGCGCACACCAGCGACGUGUACUCGUUCGUGACGGCUCGUGCUGCAUCGGACGAAAGUACGUUCAACAUGCUGAUUUACGGUGACUUUGGAGCCGGCAACGAGUCCAAGGACACGCUCGCCUACGUGAACACACUGAACGCGGAUAACGUGGACUUCAUUUUCCACAUCGGUGACAUUAGUUAUGCUGAUGACGCAUGGUUGAUGCCAGGCCAGUUCGAAGGGUUCUUCUACGAGAAGGUGUACAAUGGGUGGAUGAAUUCGAUGGCCCCUGUAAUGAGCUCAGUCCCGUAUAUGGUUUUAGUCGGGAAUCAUGAGGCUGGUUGCCACUCUCCCGCCUGCGGGGAAUCCGCUGAGCGAAUGAGUAUGCUGAAAAAUUACACAGCCUAUAACUCCCGUUUCCACAUGCCGUCCGAGGAGGUUGGUGGUGCUAUGAAUAUGUGGUAUUCGUUCGAGCACGGACCGAUCCACUUUACCUCGAUCUCCUCAGAGACGGACUACGUAGGCGAGCCUAGUAGUGCGUGGUCCAGUAAAAUCGGCCACUUUGGAGACCAGUUGGCAUGGGUCGAGGCUGAUCUCAAAAAGGCAGAUGAGAACCGAGCCAAUGUGCCUUGGGUCAUCGUUGGCAUGCACCGUCCCCUCUACGAUGUUUCCGGCUGCCCAGGAGGAAUACCUAUGGAGCAGAACGCUUUUAUUCAGGCUGCGUUUGAAAAUCUUCUCAUCAAAUACAAGGUGGAUGUGGUGUUGAUGGGGCAUCAGCACUAUUACGAGCGUCAGAUGCCUAUUCGCAACAGCACUGCCGUAGUGGAUGGUGUCUCGAGCGACUUUAAGCGCUACAACAACCCCAAAGCACCCGUAUACAUUUUAACUGGCGCUUGUGGAACUGUGGAGGGACUUGAUCCAGCACCCACCGGCAAUAAUGUGACGUGGAAUGUAGUGUCCAACUACGUCGACUAUGGUUUUCCUUCACUGGACGCGAACCGAUCGAUGCUGUCGUGGAAGUUUCUAAACAGUUCGAAUCAGGCCGUGCUCGACGAGUUUGUGAUGUUGAAAACAUUUGCAUAAACACUUGCAUCCAUCCAAAUGGCUACCAGG